AUGGCGACAAAAGAAGGCAAAGCCAUUGGCAUAGACCUCGGUACAACCUACAGUUGCGUCGGCGUUUGGCAAAACGACCGAGUCGAGAUCAUCCCCAACGACCAAGGCAACCGAACAACACCAUCCUACGUGGCAUUCACUGACACGGAGAGACUCAUCGGUGAUGCAGCCAAGAAUCAAGUUGCAAUGAAUCCGCAAAACACCGUUUUCGACGCGAAACGUUUAAUCGGCCGUAGAUUCUCCGAUGAAUCAGUUCAAAACGAUAUGAAACUAUGGCCGUUUAAAGUCGUUCCAGGUCCCGCUGAAAAACCGAUGAUCGUUGUCAAUUAUAAAGGCGAAGAGAAGAAAUUCGCGGCGGAGGAGAUUUCUUCCAUGGUGUUGAUCAAAAUGAGGGAAGUAGCAGAAGCGUUUUUAGGUCAAUCGGUGAAAAAUGCGGUUGUUACUGUUCCGGCUUAUUUUAACGAUUCUCAAAGACAAGCCACGAAGGACGCCGGUGCUAUCUCUGGUUUGAAUGUGCUUAGGAUAAUCAACGAACCUACUGCUGCAGCAAUUGCUUAUGGUUUGGAUAAAAAAGCUUCGAGAAAAGGUGAACAGAACGUGCUUAUUUUCGACUUAGGCGGUGGAACUUUCGAUGUUUCUCUUCUUACAAUUGAAGAAGGGAUUUUCGAAGUGAAAGCUACUGCUGGAGAUACUCAUCUUGGUGGUGAAGAUUUUGAUAACAGAAUGGUGAAUCAUUUUGUUUCGGAAUUCAGGAGGAAAAACAAGAAAGAUAUUAGUGGAAAUGCAAGAGCAUUGAGAAGAUUGAGAACUGCUUGUGAGAGAGCGAAGAGGACGCUUUCUUCGACCGCGCAAACAACGAUUGAAAUCGAUUCUUUGUAUGAAGGAAUUGAUUUCUAUGCAACCAUUACAAGGGCGAGAUUUGAAGAAUUGAAUAUGGAUUUAUUUAGGAAAUGUAUGGAGCCGGUUGAGAAGUGUCUUCGAGAUGCAAAAAUCGAUAAGAGUCAAGUUCAUGAGGUUGUUCUUGUUGGUGGAUCAACUAGGAUUCCGAAAGUUCAACAGCUUUUGCAGGAUUUCUUCAAUGGAAAAGAGCUUUGCAAGAGUAUUAACCCUGAUGAAGCUGUUGCUUAUGGUGCUGCUGUUCAAGCCGCGAUUUUAACAGGUGAAGGCGAUGAAAAGGUUCAAGAUCUUUUGUUGCUUGAUGUUACUCCUCUUAGCUUGGGUCUAGAAACUGCUGGUGGUGUUAUGACGGUUUUGAUUCCUAGGAACACGACGAUUCCGACGAAGAAGGAGCAGAUUUUUUCUACUUAUUCGGAUAAUCAACCUGGUGUUUUGAUUCAAGUUUUUGAAGGUGAACGUGCUAGAACAAAGGAUAAUAAUCUUCUUGGGAAAUUUGAACUCACUGGUAUUCCACCAGCUCCAAGAGGUGUGCCACAGGUUAAUGUUUGUUUUGAUAUUGAUGCGAAUGGGAUAUUGAAUGUUUCUGCGGAAGAUAAAACAGCUGGAGUGAAGAACAAGAUAACUAUAACAAAUGAUAAAGGGAGGUUGAGUAAGGAAGAGAUAGAGAAGAUGGUGAAAGAUGCAGAGAAGUAUAAGGCAGAGGAUGAAGAGGUGAAGAGGAAAGUGGAAGCUAAGAAUUCGCUUGAGAAUUAUGCUUAUAAUAUGAGGAAUACUAUUAAGGAUGAGAAGAUUGGUGGGAAGUUGAGUAAUGAUGAUAGGGAGAAGAUUGAGAAGGCUGUGGAGGAGGCUAUACAAUGGUUGGAAGGGAAUCAAUUGGGUGAAGUGGAGGAGUUUGAGGAUAAGCAGAAGGAGUUGGAAGGCGUUUGUAAUCCUAUUAUUGCUAAGAUGUAUCAAGGUGGUGCUGGUGGAGAUGUGCCUAUGGGUGAUGGUAUGCCUGGUGGUGGUUCUAAUGGAUCAGGACCUGGUCCUAAGAUUGAAGAGGUUGACUAA